AUACCUGCGUGUCUGAUAGAAAAACAAAAAGGCUUUGUUGUUCAUUUUUUAACAUACAACCCGUGAACAGAAGAUUUGCUAAAAAAAAAAACAAAACCUUUGGACGUUUUACUCCCUUUGUUUGCCAGAGCCGUCUAGAGCCGCAAGAGGGGGCGUCACCACGGCGAGCUUGGCUUUUAAAUUGUGAUUUAAAAGGAUGAAGCGCACGGUGAGGAGACGGAGCUCCGCGUGGAGCUAUUUUGAACAAGUGGGCGCGAACUUCGUCCGCUGCAAGAAAUGCGACGCCGAACUCAAGUAUUGCGGCGGAGCCACCAGCACCAUGAUAUCCCACAUGGCCGCGAAGCACCACGUGUCCAUUCCGCUGCGGUCCGCAGCCAGGGGCUCUUGGAGCGAGACGCCGCCGAGCUGGAGGGCUCCGGACACCGAGGAGGAGAGCGCAUUUAGCCCGGAGCGGGAGCCCUCGGAGAGGAGGAGAAGCAAGCGGAGCUCCGUGUGGGACGUUUUCGUCAGAGUGGACGAGGAGGUCCACUGCAAACUAUGCGACACUAAGCUGAAAUACAUGAGCAGCACCACCAGCAUGAUGUACCACAUUAAAAACAAGCACACAGAGAACCCACAGAACAACAGCGUGGCCAUGCCUACGCAGGCGCAGGUAACUAAACUCGUCACUAACAUGAUAGAGAAGGACAUGUUUCCCAUCAGCGUGGUGGACGGGGACGGCUUCAGGGAGCUGCUGGCGGAUAUUGUGCACAGCUGUAAUGUGCCCUCUGCUGAUGAGAUCACAAGCAGUAUUGAAUGCCAUUAUCAUGAGAAGGCAGCAGACCUCAGGAUGAGGCUGGCUACAGUGGAGAAAGUGGCUCUCACUGCUGAUUUUUGGACAGCCAUGCCAUCUCAGAAGUACGUCACAGUGUCCUGUUCAUUCAUAACUGAGGACUGGCAGGGAAAGUCAGCUGUGCUCCAUACACACAAGCUGCCCUCAGGAGGACAGCUCACGGCAGAGUGUGUCGCAGAGAAGCUGUUCAGUACAACACAGGCCUGGACAAUUGCAGGAAAAGUUCCUGCAUGUGUGCAUAACAACAAAGAAAACAUCCAAUUAACCCAGGGUGUUGCCCAGGUGACCUGGAAUUACAUCUCUUGCUUCGCCACAACGCUGCAGCUCGCCGUCUCCGAUGGGCUGAGUGAGGACGUUCUCCAGAUCAUCUCAGCCGCAGGGAGACUGGUCCGACACUUCAGCCACAGCUCGCAGGCGGCCGAAGCCCUGAAGGAGAAGCAAGCGCAGAUGUGCCUGCCGCAGCACAAGCUCAUUAGGUCCAACAGAGCCAGGUGGGACACGGUCUGCGACAUGUUCCAGUGCUUGCUGGAGCAACGAUGGGCGAUUAAAGCCGUCCUCUCAGACCGCACAGUCACCAGCAAGCAUGAGGCUCAGACCCUGGAGAUUGGAGAUGACUGCUGGCAAGUAAUAGAGAACUUCACACCGGUCCUGGCGACUCUGAAAUGGGCAACGACGGUCAUAUCUGCCGAGACAGAGGUGUCCAUUUCAAACAUCUACCCGAUAACGUUUAGCCUCAUCCAGACUCAUCUCGUUCCAAAAGAAAACGACGUUGAUCAAGUCUCAAGUUUCAAACUUGCAGUGCAGAAAUCUCUAAGAGAUCACAUGAAGGUGGACUCCAGUGAUUUGGCUUCCAACCCGGCUCUGAUCGCCUCCAUGCUGGAUCCUCGCCACAAGCACCUCAAUUUCCUGAUGCCAGCAGGGAGGCUGGCUGCCAAGGUGAAGCUGCAUGAGCUCGUCUCGAAGCUGGAUGCCAGCGCAGCUAGCCCCAAAGAUGAACAACUGGAGACUGAGGUGACACCUGACCUCAGCCAGAUGGCCACAGCCAGAAAACCACCAAGCGACACCAAAAACACCAUGAUGUUGCUUCUAGGAGACAACUACAGCUCGUCUUAUGCCACGGACUCUGAAGCUCAGGUAGAUUACUACCUGAGAGACAUCGCUCCCUCGCUCGACAUAAACCCUCUCGACUGGUGGAGGCUGAAUGGACCGAGGUUCCCAAAACUGGCAAGUCUGGCGAGAGAGUACCUGUGCAUACCGGGCGUGUCGCUGCCGUCUUUGUUAUCAGAUGUGGGGCAGAGCUUUGCAGCGAUGCGAAUAAGGCUUAACCCAGAGCAUGUAAACAUGAUGGUCUUUCUGAACAGAAAUGCAUCAAUAUAGCAAGGCAGGGAUGCACUGAAUGCCUGUUGCAAAAUUUAGAAGCAAAAAGCAGAGAUGUAAUAAAAGUAUUAUGUUAGUUGCUGCAUGCAAACUAUGACAAUAAAUUUUUUUAAGAUGCCAUUUUUAUGAAAAUGCUACAUAUGAGCUCAUUGUCUGGGUUUAGAAUAUUUUUUUCCAAUAGUGGAAAAACGGGCUGCACUGUUGCCUUGCAGCAAUGGGCUAAGGGUGUAAGAAAAUGGAUGGAUGGUCAAAAACUCAAUUUGUUUUUCCUUAUCUAUUAAAUAAAUUCAUGUUCAGAAGAAAAUUUUCAUCUGCUGAAAAUUCAAUGUGAUUGUGUUUAAAAAUAAAGUGCAAGAACUGUUGAACGAAGAUGAAAAUCUGCAGCUGAAUCUGUUUCAGCAAGACAACAUGAGUAUAAUUAAUAAAGCAGCACAAUUUUUUUCAAGAGAGGCAAAUUCAAAUCUCAACUUUUUCAUAGAAGUCACUGCUAGGUGAAAACAACAGUAUAUAAAAUUCAUUGGUUUGACUGUAAUGUUGCAUUUCACGUAUUUCCACAUGAACAUUUCUCUGGUUUCUACCUGUCUGAAGUCAUUGCAUGAAGCUAAAAAUGAACUGGGUGGAAUUUUGUUUUUCCGCCACAAAAAGAAUCAGCUGGUUAAACGAUGACAAGAUGAACAACAUAUGAAGUCAGCUGCUUAGUAAUUCUGCAAACCUGUUUUUGUUUUACCUUUUAGUUUAAACAGUUUAUUUUCACUAAAAUUGCAGGAAUUGAAAUCUGUGACUGAACAUGAAUGAUCUGAUCAAAGGGCCAAUUUUAUUUUUUGUGAGGUUUCAUGAAGCUACCAGUAAUUAUUCCCUUACCUGCAGAAGAUUUACGACAUCACAGUGAAGUUAUAGACAAGUUAAUUCUCAGAGUUGUGGAAAGCCGAUGGCUAACAAAUAAAAGAAUUAUAUAAUUUGCAUAUAACCCAAUAUUAGCCAAGAUUAACCAUUUACCAUCUUUAAAAGAAACAAUCCUUAAGUUUGUUGCCAUUUUAUCUGCAUCCAUCUACUGCAAAAAACCUUUAUAAAGAAAACCUCUUGAGUUUGCAUCAAGCUGUCAUUUAUGCAAAAGCAUUGAAACAGUCCUGUGCUUUUACAGGUAGCAGUUGGAUAGAAUUGAGGGCCUAAAGUGAUGCAAUUUCAUUUAAAACAGACUUCAUUUGGCUAAGAAAACAGCAACAAUCUUCAUGUCGUCCUCCACUGGAAAUGUAGAUUAUUGUCAUCCAUUAAUGUAAUUCUGUAUGUCAUGUCUUUGCACAUUUUCAGGUUGAGUUUAUAAUAAUCAAUAAAAAUGGGGGACCCUGUUCGCCUAGCUGUGAAACUCCUA